ACGACACUCGCGGCGUCAGUCGGUCGGGUACUGUUGGUGAGUGCGGGGUGGUUUUAUUGUCUGUCCAUCGGACCACCGGCACAAAUUCGCAAUGGGGUUGACGGAGAAGGAAAAAUCUAGGCGCUAUAGAGAGAGACUUAAAGCAGACCCAGAAAAAUUGGCUGAAAGGAAGCGAAAAAAAAGAGAAAGUUAUCAUAAAAACAAAAUAUCGAUAUCAGCUAUGCAGCCUGAGGACAAAAAAAACUGCAGAACCAUAUGGAAAUUGCGUAAACAAGAACAAAGAAAGAGAUCAAAAGCACUUCGAAACAUACUGCAAGAAACACCACCAAGUUCUCCGUCUACUUUGCAGGAAAUCAAUAUACCACAAGAUCAAUAUGUACCCACUCCGCCGGCUUCUCCCUUUGCACCUCUGGAAUCUGAACAGAACAAAAAAAGGGGAAGGAAAAUAAUCCGUAGAGAUAGAUCUAAGAUGUACAAAGAAAAUUUAAAAUUACGAAGCCAAGCCAAUAUGUGGAAAAAAAAAUUUGAAAAAUUUAAGAAGAGGGCUCAUCGUAAAGCAAACGAAUUAAAUAAAAUUAAAGAAAAAAGAACCGUGGCAGAAAAUGAAUUAUACGAAAAAUACAAAACUUUAACUCGUGCUAUAAAGAAAAACUACAUGACAACAAAGGCACGAGAAGGGAAAAGGAUGUUGAGAAAGAUAUUUGAAAACGUAGAUGAAUCACGCAAGAAACAAAUCAUACAGGACAGUUUAGGUGUAAAAGGAAGCGCUAAAGCAAAGACAACAUGUAAGGGUGAAACGGAACUAAUAAAGAAAGUAAAAUGUUUUUUCCAAAGAGAUGAUGUGUCAAGAAACACCGCCGGCAAGAAAGAAACCGUCACUAAAGGAAAAGAAAAAGUUCAAAAACGGUUCCUUUUAGAGUCAAUGAAAAAUUUAUUCAAAGCGUUUAAGUUGGAGAAUCCAGGGACAAAAUGUUCCUAUUUCUAUUUUACGAAACAUCGACCCUUCUACGUACUCAGACCAACAGUAGAUGGCAGGGAUAUGUGCCUUUGUAAAACACAUGCAAAUGCAGCAGCUAAAAUAAAGGCUCUAAAGCAGAAAAGAGUUAUUAAUGCGGUGGAUACAAGUACACUGAUUCUAGAAACAGUGUGUGACAGUAAUAAAAUGGAUUGUAUGUUUGGUACUUGUGUACAAUGUCAAGAUAGAGAAAUAAAAAUAAACGAAGAUAAUGUUAAGGGUAAAAUGCAAUGGUUUGAAUGGGUGAGAGAAGAGGAAAUUUAUGUAAAAGGAGGCAAAAGGAUGAAAUCUAUUAAGAAUGUUAAAAGAUUGAAUGAAGAUUUGGUACAAAACAUGAUAGAUAAAUUUAAAGAGGAUCUGAAAAUAUUAAAAAAACAUAUUUUCAAUAUGAAAACCCAGUACAGGAAUUUCCGGCAAAGUGUUGAUAACAUUAAACCAAACGAAGCCGUAAUUUUAGUUGAUUUCAGCGAAAAUUAUAGUGCAAAAUGCCAUGAAGAAAUUCAAGCACACCAUUUUGGUGGAUCCCGCAACCAAAUAACACUCCACACUGUUGUCGUAUACCUGCACGACAAAGACAAAAAUUACAAGGUAUCUUCUUUUUGCUCUGUAUCGCCAUGCAAUAUCCAUCAACCUGCUGCAAUAUGGGCGCACUUACAUCCGAUUCUAACAAGCAUUAUUGAAGAUUACCCUGAAAUUGACACUAUCCAUUACUUUUCUGAUGGACCUUUCUCUCAGUAUCGCCAGAAAGGUAACUUCUUCUUGGCUUGUACAAAAACAUUUGACUACGGGUUUCAAGCAUUUAACUGGUCAUUCUUCGAAGCAGGUCAUGGCAAGGGAGCGGCUGAUGGAAUUGGGGGAUUCCUUAAAAGAGAGGCGGAUAACAAGGUAGCAACUGGAAAAGACAUAACCGAUGCAUUUGGAUUUUACCAAGCCCUCAAGGAAUCUAGCAAAAUCAAAUUGUUUUAUAUAAUCAAAGAAAAAAUUGACGAUGUUCAAAAUUGUAUUCCAAAGGAUCUUGUCCCUCUGCCUGGAACCAAAGAUGUGCACCAAAUCUUUUCAAGGAUUCGUGGCCAACUAAAGUAUAGAAAUUUGAGUUGUUUUUGCUCAAGAGGAUUGUGCGACUGUUUGCAUCCAAAGUUUUACUCACCUACCCCAACUUUAAGAAUAAUUCCAUCCCCUGUGGACAUGUGUGAGGACAACAUACUUGAUGAUGUAGACAACAUACGUGAUGAUAUUAUAUCCAGUGAUGAUACUGAUGAUGAUUUGCCUUUGAGUGCCCUGGUUUCUUUAAAACAGGAUGACAUCUUAUUUACUGAUCUACAUAAGGCUCCAAACAAAAGUAUUUACAACUGUGUGUAUGGUUCUUCUGAUGAGUCUAAUGAUGAAAAAAAUACUACACAGCCAUCAGUAUCAGGGCAAAACCAGUUAUUACCUGGAAUGGGUGAUUAUCUACUCGUCAAAGUUUAUGGCACCAAAGGCAAAUCAUACCAUAUUUACGCAUGCAUUGCUCAAAGCAAUAUCGACGACGAUGGAGAAAUUAAAGUCACAUUUAUGAAAUGUGUUAAAGGUGGGAAACUAUUUGUCCUCAAUGAAAAAGAUGUCUCCUAUGUUGCUUAUGAAGACAUCGUUCAAAAACUUCCUAAUCCGGAAAUUCAAUUGAAAAGAGGUGUCAAUUAUUUUAAGUUUCCAAUAGACACCAAUGUUUUUGAAAAGUAAUUUAUUGUAGGGAACUGUUGAUCUCCAUUAGGUUAAGAAAAACUAAUUUUUCGAUAGAUACGUUAAUUAGAAAAGAGGCGUCAAUAUUAUUUUAAGUUUUUCAUUGGAUACCAAUGUUUUUCAGAAGAUUUUU